UUCACGCCGCCGCCAUUUUGAGAGCGAGCCGAGCCGAGCUGCCGGGCGCCGCGUCCGCUGCCGGAGCCCCGACGACGACGCCGAGGAGGCGGAGGCCGCGGCUCUCGGAACGCGGCCGGCCCGUCGCCCGCCCGCGCCGCCGCUCCCGCCUGCCCCAGGGCCCGCAGGCCCGCCGCGGCCGGCCAGGCCUCCCGUCCGCCGCGCCCGGCCCGAGGCGGGGCUGACUCCGCGGCCCCCGCCCGGCCGCCCUCCGCCCCCGGCCGGCCCGCGGCCCCGCAGCCCCGGCCCCGGCCCCGGCGGCGGGAGGCGGGCCCCGCGGCGGCGGCGGCGGCGGCCGCAGCGAGCGACGAGGCCGCCCGGCCCGGCCCGCCGGCCGCCCGCCCGCCUCGGCGCCGAGAUUGGGCGAAUCGCGAGCAAGUACGUGCGCGUCUCCCUGCCGCCGCCGCCGCCCGCCGCGGGCCGCCCCGGGGCCGCCGUCGCCGACGACGCGCGGGAGGAGGAGGAGGAGGCCGCCCCGCCGCCGCCGCCGCCGCCGCCGCCCCGGCUCGCCGCCGCCCGCUCGCCGGGCUCGCAGCCCCGGCCCCCGGCCGCAGGCGAGGCCCAGGCCGCGGCCGACAUGAACCACCAGCAGCAGCAGCAGCAGCAGCAGAAAGCGGGCGAGCAGCAGUUGAGCGAGCCCGAGGACAUGGAGAUGGAAGCUGGAGAUACAGAUGACCCACCAAGAAUUACUCAGAACCCUGUGAUCAACGGGAAUGUGGCCCUGAGUGAUGGACACAACAACGCGGAGGAGGACAUGGAGGAUGACACCAGUUGGCGCUCCGAGGCAACCUUUCAGUUCACUGUGGAGCGCUUCAGCAGACUGAGUGAGUCGGUCCUUAGCCCUCCGUGUUUUGUGCGAAAUCUGCCAUGGAAGAUUAUGGUGAUGCCACGCUUUUAUCCAGACAGACCACACCAAAAAAGCGUAGGAUUCUUUCUCCAGUGCAAUGCUGAAUCUGAUUCCACGUCAUGGUCUUGCCAUGCACAAGCAGUGCUGAAGAUAAUAAAUUACAGAGAUGAUGAAAAGUCGUUCAGUCGUCGUAUUAGUCAUUUGUUCUUCCAUAAAGAAAAUGAUUGGGGAUUUUCCAAUUUUAUGGCCUGGAGUGAAGUGACCGAUCCUGAGAAAGGAUUUAUAGAUGAUGACAAAGUUACCUUUGAAGUCUUUGUACAGGCGGAUGCUCCCCAUGGAGUUGCGUGGGAUUCAAAGAAGCACACAGGCUACGUCGGCUUAAAGAAUCAGGGAGCGACUUGUUACAUGAACAGCCUGCUACAGACGUUAUUUUUCACGAAUCAGCUACGAAAGGCUGUGUACAUGAUGCCAACCGAGGGGGACGAUUCGUCUAAAAGCGUCCCUUUAGCAUUACAAAGAGUGUUCUAUGAAUUACAGCACAGUGAUAAACCCGUAGGAACAAAAAAGUUAACAAAGUCAUUUGGGUGGGAAACUUUAGAUAGCUUCAUGCAACAUGAUGUUCAGGAGCUUUGUCGAGUGUUGCUCGAUAAUGUGGAAAAUAAGAUGAAAGGCACCUGUGUGGAGGGCACCAUACCCAAAUUAUUCCGCGGCAAAAUGGUGUCCUAUAUCCAGUGUAAAGAAGUAGACUAUCGGUCUGAUAGAAGAGAAGAUUAUUAUGAUAUCCAGCUAAGUAUCAAAGGAAAGAAAAAUAUAUUUGAAUCAUUUGUGGAUUAUGUGGCAGUAGAACAGCUCGAUGGGGACAAUAAAUACGACGCUGGGGAACAUGGCUUACAGGAAGCAGAGAAAGGUGUGAAAUUCCUAACAUUGCCACCAGUGUUACAUCUACAACUGAUGAGAUUUAUGUAUGACCCUCAGACGGACCAAAAUAUCAAGAUCAAUGAUAGGUUUGAAUUCCCCGAGCAGUUACCACUUGAUGAAUUUUUGCAAAAAACAGAUCCUAAGGACCCUGCAAAUUAUAUUCUUCAUGCAGUCCUGGUUCAUAGUGGAGAUAAUCAUGGUGGACAUUAUGUGGUUUAUCUAAACCCCAAAGGGGAUGGCAAAUGGUGUAAAUUUGAUGACGACGUGGUGUCAAGGUGUACUAAAGAGGAAGCAAUUGAGCACAAUUAUGGGGGUCACGAUGACGACCUGUCUGUUCGACACUGCACUAAUGCUUACAUGUUAGUCUAUAUCAGGGAAUCAAAACUGAGUGAAGUUUUACAGGCAGUCACCGACCAUGAUAUUCCUCAGCAGUUGGUGGAGCGAUUACAAGAAGAGAAAAGGAUCGAGGCUCAGAAGCGGAAGGAGCGGCAGGAAGCCCAUCUCUAUAUGCAAGUGCAGAUUGUCGCAGAGGACCAGUUUUGUGGCCACCAAGGAAAUGACAUGUACGAUGAAGAAAAAGUGAAAUACACUGUGUUCAAAGUAUUGAAGAAUUCCUCGCUUGCUGAGUUUGUUCAGAGCCUCUCUCAGACCAUGGGAUUUCCACAAGAUCAAAUUCGAUUGUGGCCCAUGCAAGCAAGGAGUAAUGGAACAAAACGGCCAGCAAUGUUAGAUAAUGAAGCCGACGGCAAUAAAACAAUGAUUGAGCUCAGUGAUAAUGAAAACCCUUGGACAAUAUUCCUGGAAACAGUUGAUCCCGAGCUGGCUGCUAGUGGAGCGACCUUACCCAAGUUUGAUAAAGAUCAUGAUGUAAUGUUAUUUUUGAAGAUGUAUGAUCCCAAAACACGGAGCUUGAAUUACUGUGGGCAUAUCUACACACCAAUAUCCUGUAAAAUACGUGACUUGCUGCCAGUUAUGUGUGACAGAGCAGGAUUUAUUCAAGAUACUAGCCUUAUCCUCUAUGAGGAAGUUAAACCGAAUUUAACAGAGAGAAUUCAGGACUAUGACGUGUCUCUUGAUAAAGCCCUUGAUGAACUAAUGGAUGGUGACAUCAUAGUAUUUCAGAAGGAUGACCCUGAAAAUGAUAACAGUGAAUUACCCACCGCAAAGGAGUAUUUCCGAGAUCUCUACCACCGCGUUGAUGUCAUUUUCUGUGAUAAAACAAUCCCUAAUGAUCCUGGAUUUGUGGUUACGUUAUCAAAUAGAAUGAAUUAUUUUCAGGUUGCGAAGACAGUUGCACAGAGGCUCAACACAGAUCCAAUGUUGCUCCAGUUUUUCAAGUCUCAAGGUUAUAGGGAUGGCCCAGGUAAUCCUCUUAGACAUAAUUAUGAAGGUACUUUAAGAGAUCUUCUACAGUUCUUCAAGCCUAGACAACCUAAGAAACUUUACUAUCAGCAGCUUAAGAUGAAAAUCACAGACUUUGAGAACAGGCGAAGUUUUAAAUGUAUAUGGUUAAACAGCCAAUUUAGGGAAGAGGAAAUAACACUAUAUCCAGACAAGCAUGGGUGUGUCCGGGACCUGUUAGAAGAAUGUAAAAAGGCCGUGGAGCUUGGGGAAAAAGCAUCAGGGAAACUUAGGCUGCUAGAAAUUGUAAGCUACAAAAUCAUUGGUGUUCAUCAAGAAGAUGAACUAUUAGAAUGUUUAUCUCCUGCAACGAGCCGGACGUUUCGAAUAGAGGAAAUCCCUUUGGACCAGGUGGACAUAGACAAAGAGAAUGAGAUGCUUGUCACAGUGGCGCAUUUCCACAAAGAGGUCUUCGGAACGUUCGGAAUCCCGUUUUUGCUGAGGAUUCACCAGGGCGAGCAUUUUCGAGAAGUGAUGAAGCGAAUCCAGAGCCUGCUGGACAUCCAGGAGAAGGAGUUUGAGAAGUUUAAAUUUGCAAUUGUAAUGAUGGGCCGACACCAGUACAUAAAUGAAGACGAGUAUGAAGUAAAUUUGAAAGACUUUGAGCCACAGCCCGGUAAUAUGUCUCAUCCUCGGCCUUGGCUAGGGCUCGACCACUUCAACAAAGCCCCAAAGAGGAGUCGCUACACUUACCUUGAAAAGGCCAUUAAAAUCCAUAACUGAUUUCCAAGCUGGUGUGUUCAAGGCGAGGACGGUGUGUGGGUGGCCCCUUAACAGCCUAGAACUUUGGUGCACGUGCCCUCUAGCCGAAGUCUUCAGCAAGAGGAUUCGCUGCUGGUGUUAAUUUUAUUUUAUUGAGGCUGUUCAGUUUGGCUUCUCUGUAUCUAUUGACUGCCCUUUUUGAGCAAAAUGAAGGUGUUUUUAUAAAGCUUGGAUGCCAAUGAGUUAUUUUAUGGUAACCACAGUGCAAGGCAACUGUCAGCGCAAUGGGGGAGAAGAGGUUAGUGGAUCGGGGGGUCCCUGGCUCAAGGUCUCUGGGCUGUCCCUAGUGGGCGCGAGUGGCUCGGCUGCCUUCCUGGGGUCCGGUGCACCAGCCCUGCAGCUAGAAAGUCUUGUGUUUAGGCUCGUCUGACCUAUUUCCUUCAGUUAUAUUUUCAAUGACCUUUUGUGCAUCUGUAAAGGCAAAACAGAGAAACUCACAACCUAAUAAAUAGCGCUCUUCCCUUCAUUGUGUGCAUUGUCGGCCCUUCCUCGGGUUCUCCUCCUCCAGCUGCCUGGGGGUUUUUAAUAAACUCGUCUCACCUCGUCAGCCACUACUGUCUGCAGCCCCUUUGCAAAGUGGAUGCACUGAAUACAGUCUGGACAGACAUUGUGGGGGUCUUUUUAUUAAAUCGAAAACGUUGUUAAAUUCAAUUAAGGUUUACUCUGCUGCCUUGGCAGACUUAUGAUCUCAACAGUUCAUUCGAGCAGGUGAAAGAAUUAUAAAUAGAAUUUCGUUAAAGUGGAACAGACAGCAAGAAAGCCUUUUAGCAAGAGGGCAUGCUCACUAGUGGUUAGUAAGCUGUCGACUUUGUAAAAAAGUUAAAAAUGAAAAAAAAAGGAAAAAUGAAAUUGUAUAUUUAAUGAAUGAACAUGUACAAUUUGCCACUGGGAGGAGGUUCCUUUUUGUUGGGUGAGUCUGCAAGUGAAUUUCACUGAUGUUGAUAUUCAUUGUGUGUAGUUUUAUUUCAGUCCCAGCCCUGUUUCCUUUUAUUUUGGAGCUAAUGCCAGCUGCGUGUCUAGUUUUGAGUGCAGUAAAAUAGAAUCAGCAAAUCACUCUUAUUUUUCAUCCUUUUCCGGUAGUUUUUGGGUUGUUUCUGUGGGAGCAGUGUACACCAACUCUUCCUGUAUAUUGCCUUUUUGCUGGAAAAUGUUGUAUGUUGAAUAAAAUUUUCUAUAAAAAUUAUAAUUCAGUGAGUGACGUGGAAGUGGAGGAAGAUUUCUACUCUCCCUGGAAACAGGCCUGGGAAACCUUGGCGUUUGUAACAAGGUUUCACUGAGAUGUACUUUUCCUUCUAAUUCCGUUUUGCGGGGGCAGGGUCUCUUGUUUUCGUUUCUUUUUUUUUUUUUUUUUUGCCUCUAACUAGUCACAUUUACUCUUAAGAAAUAAAAGGUUUUCCAGGAGGGAACUGUAUACAAAUAAGGUGACUGGAAAUGUGACCUGACGUGUCACGAGGCCCCUCGGGGCGGCAGGCGCUGUCGUGGGCGUGGUCCUCGCACCGCCCCAUCAGCCCUGCCUUCCAGCUCCGUGGCACGGUUUCCUGGUCUCCCGGCCAGUGUGUACCUUGGAGGGACUUCCUUUCUCAACUUCCACUGCAGUGUGUGUGCCUUCUGCUCUGAGAGCUGCCUUGUGACCCGUAUGAUAGAAAGAGGGAGUGAGGGUCCCCGGGGUCCUGGCCCUUCCCUCCUUCCUCCCCCAGAAAGAGGAGUUAGAGCAGGGGUGUGAGAGCCGUUCGCUGUGGGUUUGUCUUUGAACGAACAUUAAGGUGUCUUGUUUUUGUUCUAGGCUGGGGGUUGGCUGUAGUCUUAGGUAACUGAAAGUUCCUACUCUCCCUUAAGAUAUUAAAUGACUCUUUUUCCAAA